ACAUGAAUUUACCUAGUUCAUUUAACAAGAAAUUAAUGCUAAAGAUAUAUGCAUAGUUUUAUUCAUGAACUAGAAAAAAGAAAAGUCUCGAAUUAAAAUAUGAUAAUACUAGACUAGGUACAUGUUAGAAGAAUACCUAUUAAUUCCUAGGCACUAUAGUCGUUUUAAGGAAGCAAGUUGAGUGGAGGAAAAAGGAAUCAUUUCCUCCAAUUCUCUUCAACAGAAUUCGAGAGAUUGAGAGUUCUCGUUCUCUCCAAAAUUUCCAACAAGUUCUACAUUUGUAAAUGAAUUAAUAAAAAUAUGAUAAAUGGGAUGUGCGUACUAGCUAAUUUUCAAUAGUUGGAAGGAAGCUUCGAAGUGUAGAUACUAUAAUUGAGAAGCGCUCUUACCUUAUAGGAUCCUGGUUGUCUAGAUGGAGCACAGACUUUGGAUACUUUGUGAUUUUACAAACUUUUUCUGCGUAGGAAGAUGAUAGUCUCACAUAAAUUUUAGUGUCUGAAGUUUUAAUUCUUGACCUGAGAUGCUUUGGUUGUUAUGAGGUUUACAAACAUUUCAAUGUUUCUUGAAACAAGUGAUGGACGAUGAUUCUGGAGAUUGAUGACAUUCCAGUAGACUAAAAGAGUAAAAGGGCAGCCCGGUAGACAAAGCAUCCCCGUUAGCAGGGUCCGUGGAAGGACCGCACCCUAAGGGGUGUGAUGUAGACACCCUACCCUAAUGCAAGCAUUAGUGGCUGCUUCCACAGCUCGAACCCGUGACCUAUAGGUCACACAGAGACAACUUUACCGUUGCUCCAAGGCUCCCCUUUAACUUCACCCGUGACCUAUAUGUUUCAAUAAUCUGCAAUGUGAUAAGUCCUUGAGUUUCUCCUCUUAACAGGGAAUUACUGGAUAUGAAUCUGUCAGGAAAUUUGUCACCGGAGCUUGGUCGCUUAUCUUACAUGAAAAUAUUGGAUGUAAUGUGGAAUGCAAUUAGCGGGACAAUCCCAAAGGAGAUAGGAAAUAUCAAAACACUUGAACUAUUGCUUCUAAAUGGAAAUAAAUUGACCGGUUCUUUGCCUGAAGAGCUUGGUUAUCUUCCCAACUUGAACAGGAUACAAAUUGAUCAAAAUCACAUAUCAGGGCCCUUACCUGUAUCAAUUGCGAAUUUGGACAAAGCAGAACAUUUCCACAUGAAUAACAAUUCGAUUAGUGGACAAAUUCCACCGGAGCUAUCUAAACUUCCAAAGCUACUUCACUUGCUGCUUGAUAAUAACAACUUAUCGGGUUACCUUCCACCAGAGCUUGCUCAAAUUCCAAAUUUGCGCAUACUUCAGCUUGAUAAUAACAACUUUGAAGGAAGUCAGAUACCCGAUUCAUAUGGGAAUAUGUCACGUUUGUUGAAACUGAGUCUGAGGAACUGUAGCUUACAGGGACCGGUUCCAAAUAUGGGCAACAUACAGAACCUUACUUACAUAGAUCUCAGCCUUAACCAGCUAAGUGGAUCCAUCCCGUCGGACAAGCUUAGUGACAAUAUGACGACAAUUGAUCUGUCAUACAACAAUCUCAACGGAACUAUUCCUUCAAACUUUUCAAGCCUUCCUCAUUUGCAGAAAUUGUCACUAGAAAACAAUUCAUUAAGCGGUUCUGUUCCAUCAAUAAUUUGGCAAAAUAGGACAUUCAACGCAACAGAGACACUUAUCAUGGAUUUGCGGAACAAUAAGCUUUUGAAUAUCUCAGGAACUCUGGUUGUCCCACAAAAUGUCAAUGUUAGUCUUGAAGGAAAUCCAUUGUGUUCAAAUUCUAUCUUAAUCAACUUUUGCGGACCUUACAAUGGAGAUGCCGGUGGUACCGUGCAAUUGGCAAACAACACAGAUUGUCCUCCUUUGGCGUGUCCUCCACCCUAUGAAUAUGCCCUGCCAUAUCCUACUUGCUUUUGUGCUCUACCUCUGCUUGUAGGAUACAGGCUGAAGAGUCCUGGAUUUCGGGAUUUUCGAUCAUAUGUGGAUAAGUUUCAGUGGUAUAUCAUGUUUGGUCUUAAGCUAAAUCUAUCUCAAUUACACCUUAAUACGUUUGCAUUGGAAGCUGGUCCUCGGGUGAGGAUGUACUUGAGGAUUUUCCCCAUCUAUGUUGAUAAUAGCAGCUCUCAUUUGUUCAAUAAAAGUGAGGUCCUAAGACUCCGGAGCAUGUUCACUGGAUGGCUGAUUCCUGAUAAUGAUCUUUUUGGGCCUUAUGAACUUCUAAAUUUCACCCUGCUUGCAGAUUAUAGAGAAUUCAUCCCCCCUCCCUCAUCAUCUGGUAUUAGCAAGGGAGCUCUUGCUGGCAUCAUACUAGGGGUAAUUGCUGGUUCAGUCACAAUAUCGGCAUUUGUAUCACUUGUCAUAUUGAGAUUGCGUAUGAAGAAGCACCACCGUGCUGGUUCAAAACGGAGCCUAUUGUCGAGAAUCUCUGUCAAAAUUGAUGGUGUUAAGGAGUUCAAUUUUGAAGAAUUGACACUGGCGACCAAAAAUUUUAACAACUCCAGCCUUGUUGGACAAGGAGGGUAUGGAAAAGUUUAUAGAGGUACUUUAGCUGAUGGGACAGCUGUAGCCAUUAAACGAGCUCAAGAGGGAUCAUUACAGGGCCAAAAGGAGUUUCUUACAGAAAUUGAACUACUAUCUAGGCUACAUCACCGAAACCUUGUGUCUUUGCUUGGAUAUUGUGGCGAAGAAGGAGAACAGAUGCUGGUAUACGAAUUUAUGCCGAAUGGUACUCUGAGAGACUACCUAUCUGGUAAAUGUAAAGAACAUCCAAGUUUUGCUAUGCGAUUGAGAGUUGCCUUGGGUUCAGCUAAGGGCAUACUCUACUUGCACACGGAGGCUGAUCCUCCCAUAUUCCAUCGAGAUAUCAAGGCAAGCAAUAUACUGCUUGACUCUAAAUAUGUUGCGAAGGUGGCUGACUUUGGACUUUCACGGCUCGCUCCAGUUCCAGAUGUUGAAGGGACUCUGCCUGCUCAUGUAUCAACAGUUGUUAAGGGCACUCCGGGAUACCUUGACCCGGAGUAUUUCCUGACUCAUAAAUUGACAGACAAGAGUGACGUUUACAGCCUUGGUGUUGUAUUCCUUGAGCUGCUCACUGGAAUGCAGCCAAUUUCACAUGGCAAGAAUAUUGUUAGGGAGGUCAACCAUGCAUAUCGUUCUGGUAUGAUAUUCAAUGUCGUUGAUGAUCAGAUGGGAUCUUAUCCUUCAGAAUGUGUAGAGAAAUUCAUAAAUCUGGCUCUCAAAUGUUGCCAAGAAGAGACAGAAGCUCGGCCAUCAAUGGCAGAAGUGGUUCGAGAACUGGAGAACAUACGGCUUAUGAUGCCCGAGUCAGACUCUAUAAUUAGAGAUUCCCUGGUCACUGAUAGUGAAAAGGAUAGCAGCACUCCAUCUUCAGCCUCAGCUAUGAAAUAUCCUUAUGUUUCAGCUGAUGUAUCUGGUAGUGACCUUGUCAGUGGAGUUGUUCCCUCCAUUCAUCCUAGGUGAUAUUUCAGCCUCUUCUCCUAUGCACAGCCAAUUAUAUCUGGAAAUAUUACUUUAACAUACGGCGCUAUAUUUCUAACACUUAGCCAUGCUUGUAACAUUAUUUAUGUAUGGCAUCCAACAUAGUUGAUGUGUGA